UCAAGCGGGUUUGGCCAAAAUUGUGUCUUGUUGCCUGUGCAAGUUCACACACUGCUCGCUUCUAUCUCGGGCGGGAGCGUUCCAGCUCGGCAGGAAGGUCCACGGAGGUCAACACGGGCAAGGGGCCAUGCUAGAAACAGAGGGGCAGCAGGGCUGAGGGGCCCUCCCUGCACCUGAGCACAGACGGGCCUGAGCCAGGGCCGUGGGCGCCAUGGAAAGCUUCAUGGAGUCGCUGAACAGGCUGAAGGACAUUCAUGAGAAGGAGGUCCUGGGCCUGCAGAACAAGCUUCUAGAACUGAACUCGGAGCGGUGCCGGGAUGCCCAGAGGCUGGAGGAGCUGUGCGCCAAGAACCAGCAGCUCAGGGAGCAGCAAAAGGCUCUGAAGGAGAACGUGCGGGUGCUAGAGAACAGGCUCCGGGCUGGCCUGUGUGACCGCUGCACGGUCACCCAGGAGCUGGCCAGAAAGAAGCAGCAGGAGUUUGAGAGCUCCCUCCUCCAGAACCUGCAGCACGUCUUCAUCCUCACCAAUGAGAUGACCCGGCUACAGGAGGAGAACGAGACCUUGAAGGAGGAGGUGACCCGGCUUCGGGGCCCGGGGCCCACGCCCCAGUGCAGGGAGGGCGCCUUGGACCCCACCUCGCCCCUGCUGCUCCCCUCCCCUGGUUCCCGGAAGGCUGUCACCGAGAAACUCCCAGGAGGCCACGAGGAGGCCGAAGACGACCACCCAGAAAAGUUGGGGUACAGGACGUCUCCAGUGGCCAAAAUCUCCCCAGGUGCCAACCCACCUGAGCCUCGGGCCCCAGACAUGAGUCCCCAGCGCAUCUCCAACCAGCUACAUGGGACCAUCGCUGUGGUGCGGCCAGGGGCCCGGGCCUGCUCUGCUGACCGGGGCUCCACUAAUGGGACACCCCCGCUGCCACCUGCCAGGGGCAGCCCACCCAGCCCAUCUUAUGAGCACAGCCUGCCCCUGGACAGCUUCCUGCGGGCCUCUCGGCCCUCCACUAUGACUUACGAGUCCCUGAAGCCCUCCCUCCAGGCUGACCGCCUCUGCCUCACGAACCGCCACCUGUCCCUGCACCUUCGGAGCCCCCACAGCAGUCCCCGGGCCCCUGCCACAGUCCCCAGGGGCCCCCGGCCCGAGGGCCUGAAGGCCAGGGAGGCGGAGGCCUGGGAGGAUCCCCUGGGCCUGCUGGGCCUGCCGGGUGCCCUAGUGGACAUGCGAGAUCCACGGCUGGAGGGGGCGCUGCAUGUGCUCCUGGCCCAGCAGCUGCGGGCUCGGGGGCAGGCCAGUGGUGCCAGACUGAGGGGCACACCCAGGCUGCGGGAGACGCCACCCUCCCCUCCAGUCGGCUCGGACUCCGAGGGCCCAGAGGGCAAGGCAGCCGGGGCAGCCCUGCCCGGGGGGCAGCACCCACAGACCACAGGCCCAGGCAGCCCCAGGGGAAAGGAGGGCACGGCCACACAGCACCAUGCCCCAGACAAGCCCCUGGACCUCUCGGAGUGGGGCCGGGCCCGGGACACCCCCAAACCCUCAGGCCAACCAAGGUCGCUCAGCCCCAAAACUGCUCACACUCCCAGUCCUGAGCCACCCCAGGGGGCAGAGCCACCUGCCCAGUCUGGACCCUGGGAACACAGCAAUGGCACCAAGGGGGCCGGAGCAUCAGAGCUGGAAGAUCCCCCCACUCCCGAGGACCCCCCACACCCUCUCCCAGGGCCCCACCCUAGCCCGCCCUCUCCAGGAGGGACAGGAGAUGAGUCCACAGAGCAGCCAGAGCGGCCCCCCCACCCGCAGAAUCCUGAUGUUGAUGGCCACCCAGGUACAGAGCUCAGCAAGCCAGAGGUGCAGCAGCCAGUGUCAGACGAGCCGGAUGAGCCAGACGCUUCAGACAGUGAGAUGGGCCUGAGUCCUGAAGCCAAGGCCCGAGUCACACUGAGUAUGCCUGGGGAGGAGCCCAAGUGUUUCUGCACCAAGGAGCGCGGGCGGAGCCCACAGCAGAAGAGGAAACGGGCCUUCUCCUCUGACCUGUGGGACAAAGCCUCAAAGAAGCUGUCCUGAGACACAAGGCAGCCAAGGGGCCUGAGAGCCAGAGGGACCCCGAGGAUGGCAGCCCCUCACCCAGCAGCAGCAGCUCGGAGGAGACCUAGCUAGCUGUGCCCAGGGCACUACCGCUGACCCAGAUGUACUUCCCACCUGACUGCCCACAGCCAGGACAGCCCACACCACCAGCCUUGCAGGCAACCCGGCUCAGCAGACGAGGGGACUGGGUCCUGGCCAUAUCCAGAGGGACUGGGAAGGCUGAGAGCUGGUCUCUAGCUGGUCUUUCAAACCCCUCCUUCUCCAUGAAUUUCAGAAGUAACCAGCUGGACCUGCUGCCCUUCUCUCCCGAGUAUCUGCUCCCUUCUGGGGAGCAGGGGUUCAGGAGGCACUGGAGGCAGGGAUCCUCAGGCUCCCACCCAGCCCAGCCCCACCCCUGCAGCAGCAACACCCUCCCACCCCCUCCCACCCCCUGCCUCUCACCCUCCACCACCUCUGACCAUCCCAGACUCCCCUGGCACCCCUAAUUCCCAGGGCCCUAGAGCCUGGCCGCCCCUUCCCUGACAGGCACAGAGCGCAGAGAGCGGUCUUGGGCGCCCCCUCGUGGAGCCCUGCAAAACAGUGCUGGGCGUUGAAGGUGUGAGGGACACAGGAAGCAGGCGGGCAGUGGUGGGGUGCCUUCCCAAAGAGCGUCGCCAGGGCACUGGGAGAAUAAAGGUGUA